GAGACCUGGAAAUGAAAGUAAAAAAGACCAAGAGGCACAUGGAGGGAACAGCGGGGGCAGCAGCAGAAGCUGCUCUAGGAUCAGAAUUCUGCCUUCUGCAAUGAAGUAACAGUGACUAAUUAUUUAUAACAAUAUCUCUAGUACUGCCAUACCAUUAAUCAAGGCAAGUAACCAUAGUGAAAAUUUCCAAGCAGAAGGGUGAUGCAAUGGACAGACAAAAAAGAAAAGAAGAGAUAGAAAAAGGUCUUCAGUUCAUCCAGUCUACAUUACCAUUAAGCCAAGAAGAUUAUGAGGCUUUUUUACAAAAAUUGGUGCAAAAUUUACUUGCAGAGGGCAAUGAUUUAUUCAGAGAGAAGGAUUAUAAGUUGUCACUGGUGCAGUAUGUUGAAGGGUUGAAUGUGUCUGAAUAUGCAGCUUCAGAUGAAGUGAACAUUCCUGCGGAUCUUUUAUGCAAACUGCAUGUCAAUCGAGCUGCCUGCUACUUUGCUAUGGGCUUACAUAAAAAAGCUUUAGAAGAUAGUGAGAAGGCUCUGGGAUUCAACAAGGAGAACAUCCGUGCUCUCUUUCGGAAAGCCCGCUGCUUAAGUGAGCUAGGAAGACACAAGGAAGCUUAUGAAUGUAACAGCCGCUGUUUGCUCUCACUCCCACAUGAUGAAAGUGUGGUCCAGUUGGGUCAGGACCUUGCACAGAAGCUGGGUUUAAGAGUCCGGAAAGCAUAUAAGAGGCCUCAGCAGGAUUCAGAAACAUUUUCUGUACUGAGUAAUGGCCUGACAUCUGCCUUACCAAAUCAGACCAAUGGAUUAGGCUCCAUAGAUGACAUUGAAACAGAUAGCUCUGUGGUCCUUCAGUGCAUCGUUACUCCUAGUGCUCCUUCUGUCACUGCCAGCAAAUCCAAUGCCUUUUCAUCAACUGACUUGGAUACGAAAACCCUGCCAACAUCACUCCCUGCAACUAACCUGCUCCCUUCUACAGAUGUGGCAUCUAUACCAGAGUCUGACAGUGUAGACGACUUUACCGAAGGAGAAGUUCUUGGAGAUGAACUGGACUCAUUUCUGGAUUCUAUUGCAGAUGGGUCUCAGUACCCACUAUCUCUUGUUCGUGGUGCCAUUCCUGCCAAUCUUCCGAGUGAGGUGCCCCAGCUCAUCCCUGUUUUUCCAGGUGGUACUCCACUUCUUCCUCCUGUGGUGACCGCUAACAUUCCAGUCUCCACACCGCUGCCACCUGCCUCCUUUGGCCUAGUGAUGGAGGCUACAAAGCAACUGUCAUCUUCAUCUGUUCUGGAUACCUUUGAAACACCAGUUGGGGGCAGUGGCACGUCUCCUUUGGAUUCACUGGAUUCACUAGAUCUGCUCCCAUACACAGAGUCUCGGCUGGAUAUGUUAGAUGCUUUUGGAACCAGUAGGGGAUCAUUGGAUGCUUUAGAUACCUUUACUGUUGAGGAAACCAGCACCCAAGAACCCCACCAACCUGCUGGAAUUCAAAAGUCACUACCAUUGGCAAACCAAACUGGGCCAAGCACCCACCCCACAGUACCCAAAGUUGUAGAGUUGUUUAUGUCUCAGCCAGAAUUGGUGAUGUCCAAUACAACUCUGCUUGUGAAGAAUCCCUUGGUGUCUACUCACAUCUUCAAACAGGCCUGUCACAUCUGCUAUCCCAAAACAGGUCCCAAAGCUGGUGAUUAUACUUAUCGAGAAGGCCUGGAACAUAAGUGCAAGCGAGAUAUACUACUGGGCAGGCGUCGUAUAUCAGAAGAUAAAACUUGGAAGAGAAUUCGCCCACGUCCAACCAAGACGAAUUUUGUGGGAUCCUAUUAUCUAUGCAAAGAUAUGCUUAACAAGCAGGAUUGUAAGUACGGGGAUAACUGCACCUUCGCGUACCACCAGGAGGAGAUUGAUGUGUGGACAGAGGAGCGAAAGGGGACACUCAAUCGUGACCUCUUGUUUGAUCCACUGGGUGGGAUCAAGCGAGGUAACCUGACUAUUACCAAGAUCCUGAAAGAACACCAGGGCAUAUUCACCUUCCUUUGUGAGAUCUGCUUUGAUAGCAAACCUCGAAUAAUCAGCAAAGGGCUCAAGGACGCUCCGGCAGUGUGCUCCAACCUAGCUGCAAAACAUAGUUUUUAUGAUAAUAAGUGUCUGGUUCACAUUGUUCGUUCCACCUCUCUAAAAUACUCUAAAAUCCGCCAGUUUCAGGAACAUUUUCAGUUUGAUGUCUGCAGGCAUGAAGUGCGUUAUGGCUGCUUGCGUGAAGAUAGUUGCCAUUUUGCUCAUAGCUUUAUAGAGCUUAAAGUUUGGCUGCUGCAGCAGUAUUCUGGAAUGACUCAUGAAGAUAUUGUACAAGAAUCUAAAAAAUAUUGGCAGCAAAUGGAGGCACAUGCUGGCAAAGCAAACAACAAUAUGGCAUCUGUCAGAACUCCCAUUUCCAAUACUUUUGACCUCCAGAUGAAAUUUGUGUGUGGCCAGUGUUGGAGAAAUGGACAAGUUGUGGAACCAGACAAAGAUCUCAAAUACUGUAGUGCAAAAGCGCACCAUUGUUGGACCAAGGAGCGCCGUGUCCUGCUAGUGAUGUCCAAAGCAAAAAAAAAGUGGGUAUCUGUUCGACCCCUGCCUUCUAUCCGCAAUUUCCCUCAGCAAUAUGAUCUCUGUAUUCAUGCCCAAAAUGGUAGGAAAUGCCAGUAUGUUGGAAAUUGCUCCUUUGCCCAUAGCCCUGAAGAGAGAGAGAUGUGGACCUUCAUGAAAGAAAAUAAGAUUUUGGAUAUGCAGCAGACUUAUGACAUGUGGCUGAAAAAACACAACCCUGGAAAGCCUGGUGAGGGAACACCUCUAACAUCACGAGAAGGAGAAAAGCAGAUCCAGAUGCCCACUGACUAUGCUGACAUGAUGGGUUACCAUUGCUGGCUUUGUGGGAAGAACAGCAACAGUAAGAAACAAUGGCAGCAGCAUAUCCAGUCUGAGAAGCAUAAAGAGAAAGUUUUUACAUCUGACAAUGACUCCAGCUGUUGGAAUUACCGUUUCCCAAUGGGAGAGUUUCGACUGUGUGAAAGGUUCCAGAAAACAAAAGGCUGUCCUGAAGGAGAGAAAUGUCUCUUUGCUCAUGGACAAGAUGAGUUGACCGAAUGGCUUGAUCGGAGGGAAGUAAUGAAGCAGAAACUGGCUAAAGCUCGAAAGGAUAUGCUGUUGUGCCCUCGUGAUGAUGACUUUGGCAAAUACAACUUUCUAUUACGUGAUGGUAUAUAAUUCUGGGUGGUGGUAGAAACAAGCAGACUUUUCAGAACUGGAGUAAGAUGAAGCUUGGGCAGUUACAAAGAGCCUGAAAAUUGUUCCAAUACUGUGGCUUUGAUUGUAAGAUAAUCAAAAUGAUUCACUAAUGUUGAAUGGAAUUAAGGAUUGAAUCAUCAGUAGCCAGUGGACACAAUGCUUCUAUCAUUUUGUUUUCCAAAUUUUUUUGGUCAAUUACCAGCUUCUUUUUCUCUUUUCUUUCAUAAAAGAGAAGAUGUUUUUCUUUUUAAUUUUCCAACCAGAUUCUUAUUUUAAGCAUUUAAUUUUUGAUGGGAUAUUGCGGUAUUACAGAAGCAAGCAUAGAGCGAGGAGAUAUGUCAAAGAUGCAGGGUUUUGUUCAAGCCAGACACUUGUGUGCUGGGUCUUUAUGGUCUCAAGCCACAGUGUUGAAAUUAACAAUACAAAACGUUAAAUAUGAAUAAAAUAUAAGCUUCCCCCACUUCAAUCUGGUUCUAAAACGUUCAGAUUAUUCUGGUGGUUGCUUUUAAAUAAUAGUAGUAAAGUAUUUACUAUUUAAUACUACUAAGUGGUAAUUAAAGAAAUACUAGUAAAGAAUACAUUAUGUCUUUUUCUCCUUAUAGCCAGAAUUCCAUCACAGAUAAAAGCAAAGAAUUUUAAUCCUGCCACAUGACAUUAGAAAAGCCAUUGGUUGUCUUUGCAAGCAAUUAGUUUUUUCAUAUUAAAGAUUAUUGAAAAUACAAUAGAUAAUUGAUGAUUGAUUUAGGCCUUGUAUGAAUAUAUAUAAGUCAAAGAUAACUUUUAUUUCUGAUGGUGUGUCAGCAAUCACAAGAGUUAAUUUUUGCUUCUUUAGAGAGAACUUUAAAGAUAUUUGAGAAUUUUCCUGUACAGGAACAUGUUAAUAUGUUUGGGUUUCUGCAGAGAACCUACUUGUUGAAAAAGAAUACUUUCCCACUAUACAUGUAGUCUUCUCUCUAGUAGGUACAGUUCUGGUGGCUAUGAAAAAACAGUAAUAAUGGAAAUGAGAUGAAAGGAUUUCGUUUGUUAUCCAGGAGUGGGUUUUAUAAAUCUGAUUGUGCCAAAGAAUCAGGUUUGUAAACUUUCUUUGGCAUUAAUAAUUUAGUGCUAAUUAUAAAAGUAUCUUGGUAAUUUUGACCUCAAGGGGGAAAAUAAAUUAAACAUUUUCAAAAUUCAUCUGUUUAAUUUAAAUUGCAAAUAAGAGACUUGCAAUUAAAUGUUUCAUAUCUCAAACUAAUAGAAGUUAAAUAUAAGACUAGAACAUUAAGGUUUCUUCCCUUUUCUUAAAUAAAGAACGAGAAAAUUUUCUCUAAACCAAUAUUCAAUGUAUCUGUGAAAAUAACUUCAAGAGGCUGUAAUUUAAAGCAUCUUUACUAGGAAUUAAGUUCCACUAACUUAGUGGUCAAUUGAACAAUAAAGUCAGAAAAAAUAUGAUAGUAACAUUUCACAGAAUUAUUAUAAGAGAUUGUAGGGAAAAAAUGUCACAUUGUUUGAUGUGAUAGGAGGAAACAAAUGAUUCAUAGUGUAUGGAUUUUGCAACUGUAACCAAAAAAUCCUCAGCAUUUUAAUGCAAUUAUUUUUAUUGGUCUGAUAGGGAAGUACGUAUUUGUUUUGGGUAUAUGGUGCUACAGAAUUGGCUUUUAUACUUUUGCAAAGUGGAUGAAGGCAUGGUGUAACCUGAAUGUGAAGGUUUCAUAUAAAGAUAUCUAUCUAAAAUCAGUAGGCUUGCUUACAAAAUGCUUUACUCUUGAUGAAGUGUGAAUGCUGUAGAAUGUUAUAUCUUUCUUCUUUUGAAGUAAUGACAGUCAAGAUGAUCUACCCUUAUUCAUAUGAAGAAAAAUGAGUAUAAUAAUUAUAAAAUGUAUAAUAAUUAUAAAGGAAAUGCAGUUAGUAGGAAGAAUAUAAUGUCAGUUUCUUUUUCUGCUAUUAUUGAUAUAGAUGGAUUAUUAACUCACAUUUGUCUGAUAACUUUAAUUACUUAUUUCUACCCAUUACAAAUUUUGGUCUAAAAUCAUCUGUUCCUUGAAUAAAAGCAAGUAUUUUUAGUUUAUUUUAAUGGUGCAAAGAUCAGCCUUUCCUGAGAAAAGUUUGGAUACUUUUUUCUAAGUUUUGAAGAAGAAUAUUUUAGCAUCAAGCACCUGAUGCCCUCUAAAUGUGUUAAAUUGCUACCCCCAUCGUAAAUACUGAACAUGGUAAUUGACUGUGCUGACCUGCAAUGAAAGAAAUUGCUCAUCAUUCUAGAGGGUGCCUGAGCUGGGAAAUUUGUAUAUGGGGUAGAGAAUCUCUGUAUUUCUAAAUCUUUUAAAAGUAGUUAUGUUCCCCAAUUGUCAUCCUAUGUGGAACUCAUAAUAUCUGGACUGAAAAUUGUUUAAACCAGCCUCUUUCCAGUUUGAUUGUUAUAGAACUUGCAACAAGAUUUUUCAGAUUCUGUUACAUGCUUUCCAUUAUUUCCAUUUUUGUCUCUUGCCUCACUAAUUAAAUACUGUAGUCUUAAUUGUUGAUCCUGGAUUAAAUAAAGCCACAGGACCCAGUUGCAAUUAAAUGAGCCCAAUGCAUUCCCUCUUCUCAUGCAUAGAUGUGUUGAGUAAGUUACACAAUACACUAUUAUCUGUUCAAUUUGUUGAUCCUAUUUCUCUAAGAAAAAUGGAGGUAAAUAAGAGAUGGAUGCUUAACAUUCUAAACUGUCUGCUGAAUCUAGAAAUAUAACCAUAUGCUGUGUCAACCCAACAUUUAUUUAGAUUAUAGAGCUAAAUAAAAUGUUUUCUUAAAAAAGUAAUUAAAAUUAGUUGUAGCCUUUUUUCUACCCUCUUCAGUACAGUUGUGCUGGAGGGAAAAAGGCUUUGGACUAUGAUGUUAGAGCACGGUGGGUGCACGUAUUCUGGGCAUUACAGUGGAAAUUUUCAUUUUAUUUCCUGAUAUGAUAAUCUGGUAUGUGGUGUUGCAGUAUUUUGUUACCAGACUUGUUCUAGUGUGUAUAUAUGUACUCCUUUCAUAAGACAUAUAUACAUAGGUAUUAAAUAUAUCACUCUAUAUAAUAUUAUAUAUGUGUGUGGUAUAAGGAAUCUUUAUUGAGAGUUAAGGAAAAGGACUCAAGCCAGGGAAUAGAGCAUCUCUCAUUGAAAGAAAGAAGAUGUGGGGAGAGGAUGAACAUUUCUCUGGAAUUCAAUAAAGCAUUGAUUAUUAUCCCCGCCAGUCAAGAAUCUACUAUUUUGAAAAAGCCUGUAAAUCUUAUUCACAGAAAUAAAUAUUCAGCUAAUGAGGAAGUAAAAUCUGUUUACUGUUUUGAGGAAGGAGAUACCAGACAGGAGUAGGGUUCUCUUUUGACAUUUUGUUUCCUUUUCUUCUGUCAACUCAGAGGUUACAGGGAUCAUCAGUUUCUGCUAUAUUACAACUUGCUAUACCCUUCAGCAUUUAAGUCCAGUGUUUUGAACAGCUAAAUUAAAACAAUAAAACAGGCUAUAGUUAACUAAAAUUGAAUAGGUUGGCAAGGAAGGGAUUUUCAGAAAGCAUUUUGAGAAUGAUGACAUGUUGUCAUUGAUUGUAUUUAUUAAUAAAUACAAAAUGUGCUUCUGAAAUCUUGGAAUGACCUAUUAUUCUUUAUAUAAAAGUGAUUCCAUAUAAGUUGCCAAAGAGAAAAAAAGCUGAUAGGCUCCUUUCCUAGACCUAAAAAUGGAGCAAGAUCAAUUUGAAAGGGAUGCUGGUUAACCAAGCUUUCUACCAGUUUGUCCCUUAGAAAUGUGACGAGAAAGGAAAGCAAAUGAAGGGAGAUGCUUUAUUUCUAAACUGGGUUUGUAAUAAGCUCGAGAGUCCUUCAAAAUAUCUAUUAAUAUAUUUUAAGAAUACCACACUUUACUAUUAAAGAGUAAUAAUAUCUUUCACAAAGUCCAGUAAUCAAAUAAUACUAUAGAUGUCCUAAUAACAUUCUUGUUCUUAAUAAAUUUGUUUCUUUUAGCCUUUGUAAUAGAAAAUAAAAGCGUGCACUUUAAACCUUCAUCCUGUGCUUUGUAUACUGAUGUUAUCCUUCAAGUAAAAAUAUUAACAUUG